CUCUGAUCUCAUGGCUUCAUAGAUGUUCAUGUUGUUUUGUUGUCUUAAUAUUGAAACGUGUCCAAUGUUGGUAAUAUUAAAUGACAAAACCCUAUCUCAGUCGGUCUGAAUCAUCAUUUUGCUAUAAACUUGGAAACUAACACGUGUGUCUUAGUCAACAAGUGUCAAAAUCUCAUAAUGUUAGUCUCACACUCAUGACUCAUGCACCUCUCUUUAAUAUGCUGUAUCUCUCUAGGAGUUGUUGUUAGUUUGCAACACAAAACAGAACAUAACAAAACAGAGGGAUGAGUCAAGAAGACCAACCAAAGCGGCCACAAGAGCCAGUCAAAUACGGCGACGUUUUUGAAGUCUCCGGUGAACUCGCUGAUAAGCCUAUAGCGCCUGAGGAUGCAAACAUGAUGCAAGCCGCGGAGACACGGGUGUUUGGCCACACUCAAAAAGGCGGUGCAGCUGCCGUCAUGCAGUCUGCAGCCACUGCCAACAAACGCGGUGGCUUUGUCCAACCAGGUGACACAACUGACCUGGCCGCCGAACGAGGUGUCACGGUGGCGCAAACUGACGUCCCUGGUGCACGUGUCACAACAGAAUUCGUCGGUGGACAGGUCGUUGGACAAUACGUUGAGCCGAGACCGGUGGCUACUGCUGCAGCUACGGAAGCAGAAGCGGUGGGAUUGAGUUUGCAAAGUGCGAUCACAAUUGGAGAAGCAUUGGAAGCAACUGUGCAAACCGCUGGAAACAAACCGGUAGAUCAAAGCGACGCAGCAGCGAUUCAAGCGGCUGAGGUUAGAGCUUCUGGCACUAAUGUGAUUGCUCCUGGUGGAAUCGCCGCUUCAGCUCAAUCCGCAGCGAAUCACAAUGCUACCGUAGACCGUGAUGAGGAUAAAAUCAAGCUCAUUGAUGUUUUGGCGGGUGCGACGGGUAAGUUAACCGCUGAUAAAGCUGUAACGAGGCAGGACGCAGAGGGAGUGGUGGGCGCUGAGCUGAGGAACAACCCUAAUCUGUCUACUCAUCCCGGUGGUGUAUCGGCUUCUAUUACCGCAGCCGCUAGGCUUAACGAGAGAGCUGAUAUAUGAAAAAUCCGGCGAG